AUGAAUAAAGACUAUAGGAAGGAGGCAUCGAAACGAUUAGCUCAAGGUGUACCAGUCUUUAAACUCAACAACGAAUCAUUGUCAAUUAAAGAUUGGUGUAACAUCAUCGAAAACACCACCAAUCUCGAAGAGUAUCGUCACGCUCUUGCCAUCACUCAACUCGACAGUCGCAUCCUCCAAACCAUCAAAGAUCGUAUGGGCAAGAAUGAAUUGAAGUCUGAAGGGUCAUCUCAUCACUUUUUAUCACUCUGA